UUCCCGAAGGGGCAGGUGGGGGCGGGGAGCGGGCGCUGGGGUCGUGGUGGCCGGAGGGGCCUGGGCCACCAGGUCGACGCCUGCGGCUGCCGCGGCCCAGACCAAGGGACCCGCCGCGGCGCCGUCGCCGGAGAGGGAGGGCCCGCUGCCGUCGCAAAGAGCAGCAGAGUCUAACCAGUGGGGUUACCUGGGAGAUGGCGUGAGGUGUCACACACCAGCUGCACAGCACAGCGCCCGGCACAUCGUUGGUCUUUGGCAAUGGAGAUCCUGAAAAUCCUGACGUCUCAGCCCUUUGGGUCCUAGGAGGAGGUUUGGUCAUGGUCCAGCUGGGAAGACGCACGCACUUCUUUGAGCUUUCAACUGGGACUUUAGUGCUGCUGCUGAGAGGUAGAGCUGCUGAGAAGCCAAACAGGAAAUGGCAAGGUGACCCUGAAAUUAGCAGUGGCUAGCAGCUGCCACCACAGCCAAGCUGGAGCAUCGAGGUCAGCAGGCUGGAGUUGGGCUGGCUCUACAGUAGAGACACUGUCCAAGGACAGAGCCCCUGGACUCCCAGGCUCCUGGUCAAGGAGGAGGAGGAGACACCUAUCUGCCAGGAGUGAGGGUGCUGAGUUUGGCCUGAGGACCAGGCCACUGGUCUCGGGAUGCCCCUGCCUGAACCAAGCGAUCAGGAGGAGGAGAAUGUGCAGGCUGGCCUGGAGCCUUCCCCUGAUGUGGGCACAGAUGUUGUCCCAGCUGCCCCCAGGAAACCCCAGGACUUCCCCAAUCUGGUCCUGCUGAUGGCCUCUGACCAGGAUGGGGAUGGAGUGGACUCCAAGCCCACUGAAGUGCACUGUAUCGUGUCCUUGGAGAUGUCUGGUCCUGCAACCCUGACCAGCACCCUCCAGAUCCUUCCAGCUGAGGAAGAGCAGGCCCUGAUAGUCCAGCCCAGCCUGAGGGCUCCUGAGCAGAAACGCAGCAAGCUGGAUACAGCAGCCCCCCAGCCCCUGGAGUUCCUGAGGACCCCAUUCGGGGGCCGCCUCCUUGUCUACGAGUCCUUCCUAUACAAGCAGGAGAAGGCUGUGGGGGACAAGGUGUACUGGAAGUGCCGCCAGCAUGCAGAUCUGGGCUGUCGGGGCCGCGCCGUCACCCGAGGCCUGCGGGCCACAGUGAUGCGAGACCACUGCCACCCGCCCAACACGGAAGGACUGGAGGCCCAGUGCCAGAGGGAGGAGACGCCCAGCCCGGCCCUGCCAGAGGGCUUGGGGGACUCCCAGGGGCCCCAGGGCCCUGGAGGCCAAGUGGAGGAGCCACCUGAGGGGGUAGGGCCGUGGCUGAACCCUGAGGAGCCAGAGCCCACGCCUGGGCAGCUACAGUGCAAGUCGGCCCCAGAGGAGGAUGAGGGGCACCGAGCCCUGUCACUGCUGAGCUUGCCGCCCAAGAAGCGCCCAGCACUGGGGUUGGGCCAGGCCAGGCCCCUCGAGUUCCUGAGGACGUGCUAUGGGGGAAGCUUCCUGGUGCACCAGUCGUUCCUGUACAAGCGCGAGAAGGCCGUGGGGGACAAGGUGUACUGGACCUGCCGGGACCACGCGCUACAUGGCUGCCGCAGCCGUGCCAUCACGCAGGGCCAGCGGGUAACAGUGAUGCGUGGCCACUGUCACCCACCGGACAUGGAGGGCUUAGAGGCUCGGAGGCAGCAGGAGAAGGCCAUGGAGACACUGCAGGCCAAGCCAGAUGGCCUUGAGGGCGGUGCCGACAAGCAGCUCCCUGGCGUGGACAGUCUACUCUACCAGAGGGGACCAGGUACCCUGACUCUGACGAGGCCCCGGCCCAGAAAGAAAGCAAAGGUCAAAGAUCAGGAGCCUGCACAAUCCCAAGCCCUGCAGGGAUCCCCUGAGGAGGACCAGGAUGCAGACCCUGGUGGUCCUGAGUUCCUGAGGACCCCUCUCGGGGGCAGCUUCCUGGUGUACGAGUCCUUCCUCUACAGGCGGGAGAAGGCUGCUGGCGAGAAGGUGUACUGGACGUGCCGGGACCAGGCGCGCAUGGGCUGCCGCAGCCGGGCCAUCACCCAGGGCUCUCGGGUGACUGUGAUGCGAGGUCACUGCCAUCCACCUGACCUGGUGGGCCUGGAGACCCUGAGGCAGCGGGAGGACUGCCCCAACCCCACUCAGCGGGGGAGCACAGGAGGUCCCGAGUUCCUGAAGACGCCUCUCGGGGGCAGCUUCCUGGUGUACGAGUCCUUCCUCUACAGGCGGGAGAAGGCUGCUGGCGAGAAGGUGUACUGGACGUGCCGGGACCAGGCGCGCAUGGGCUGCCGCAGCCGGGCCAUCACCCAGGGCCAGCGGGUGAUGGUGAUGCGCAGGCACUGCCACCCGCCUGACCUGGCGGGCCUGGAGGCCCUGAGGCAGCGGGAGCAUUUCCCCAACCUGACCCACUGGGAAGGCCCAGAGCCCCUGCAGCCCCUGGAGUUCCUGCGGACUUCCCUGGGGGGCAGGUUCCUGGUGUACGAGUCCUUCCUCUACAGGAAAGAGAAGGCCGCUGGCGAGAAGGUGUACUGGAUGUGCCGCGACCAGGCCCGGCUGGGCUGUCGCAGCCGGGCCAUCACCCAGGGCCACCGGGUGAUGGUGAUGCGCAGCCACUGCCACCAGCCUGACCUGGCGGGCCUGGAGGCACUGCGGCAGCGGGAGCGGCUCCCCAACCCAGCCCAGCAGGAGGACCCAGAAAAGAUAAAACUUCUGCCUGAAGUUCAACAGUGCUUCAAGACUGGUCCUCCUGAAAGCCAGCAGAUUUGUGGGAACACUGGAGAUUUAAAGCCGGACAGUGAGUCUCAGUGAGGUGAAGAAUCUCCGCAGAGACAGAGGAGGAGCCCUGUGCAGAGGCUGCUGGUGUUCUUCCUGUCCACACAGGCAUUUCCCAUCCACUCAGAUGUGCUUGACUAAACCUUGCUUCCCUCUUCUGAAGCAUGGAAGGCCUUCAGGCUUCCUCAGAGGUAUCCCAGGAGGAGCACUUGGAUGGUGUCCUUGUGUCAGCAAAAACAGCGUCCAGAGGUGGGGCAGAGCAGGGCGGUGGCUGCUGCCGCCCGCUUCUGUGGGCUCCUCAGCUCUGGAGAAGCACCCUGGAGGCCGCGCCCACUCUGCUGCUGCAGCCGUUCAUCUUCAGGGCAUGAGACUUUGCCGAGGACUUUCCACAGGGUGUGGCCCUGCUGGAGCGCAGGAGAUGCAGGAAGGAAGUGGCGUGAGCCAGAGCGCAUGCGGCCAUCCCCUCCAGAGCCCGAGCGGCCAUCCCCUCCAGAGCCCGAGCGGCCAUCCCCUCCAGAGCCCGUGCAGCCAUACCAGGUCUUUUUGGACAGGCGCUGGAAGACCUUCCCGGUCUUUGGCCACCUGCUGCCUGCUGGGGCGUGGCCCUCUGUAACCACUGCAGAGCAGGCCACACCAGGGCUCGCUGGCUGUCCUUCCUGUGCUCUUUUCCAGCUUAAAUUAAAUCCAUGCUCAUGA